UGAUGAGUAACUACCACACUAAACUACAACCACGUAAUGACUACACUCCAAACCAAAUGAAUAUCCCAGAAACAUAAUAAAGAGAUGUUUUGAAGAGACACAGAUGUCACAAGAUCCUCGGUAUUUCAGUAUUCAGAUGUGGGACAAAUCGGCCUGCUGGAAAGUGGCUGAACAGAUGACCGAGGCUCGAAAAAUCUCCGAACAACUGUUACAAGCCAACAUAAUGCCUUCUGAGAAAGGUGCCAAAAUGCGAGCAACAUCACCAGCGGGGUCUCUACCGUUUUCAGAAGCGGUCAUAGAAGUGGCUCUGCAGCAGCAAGAACAAGCAAACGAAGCGGAGAAAACCCGACACAUUCAAACUCAAAUGAAGCUCCAGCUUUCUGAGCUGGAAAAGCGAAAUGAAGCAGUUAUGCUUGAGUUCUGGGCCACAGAGAAACACAUUGGCAAGCUGGGGGAUGAGAUUGAACACAGACGUAAGCAUUCAGAGAACCUGGAAGCCCAGACACAAGCCCUUUAUAUGGAAAAUGUAAAUCUUCAACUUAGCAUCGAACAAGAGGAAGAACAUUUCCAAUUGCUGUUGGCAGGAUACAACACAUACAGAAAUAAAAUGGAUGCUCACAGAGAGGUUAUUGCUUAUGUGGAAGGCAAAACUGCCACAACGAGGGAACUCUUGGAAAAACGAGAAAUUGUAAAAAAGCUCAGAGAAAAAAAGGAGGAGCUGAGGAUUGAUCUUGAGAACCCAGAAGGAAAUGUAGUAAGACAAGUUCAGGGAGAUAUUUACAAUUUGAAGAUAAAGAUUUCAGAGGUAAAGGCGACUGUCAAUAAAAAGAUUGCAUGUCUGGUUAAAGAACAGGAGGUUCAUAUUCAACUCAAGAAGGAAGUAGAGAUGCAAAACAGAAGAUGUGAAGCCAUUUUAAAACGUCUUCACUGUCAGUUGAACAAGACGCAGUCUAAUAAAAGGCAGUGGAACUGGGAUAUUCAACAAAUGGAGAGAAAAGUUGCUGAACUUAGAAAAUGUCUGGGGAUAACAGAAUAAGCAGUGUUUGGAUAGUCUUGGGACUUUCUGUAUGGUGUCCCAAUACAACUCUUCUGCAAGUACAGGGAAAAUACUGUCCCAAAAACAGAGGGAGUGUAUAUCUAAGGUGUACUGUAUUAAAGAUGAAUACAUACCUGAAGAAAUCACUUGGAUGUUCCACUGGCAACAUUACAAGGGUUUGUUGUUUGUUUGUUAUUUUGAACGUCAUUAUCCCAUCUGGUGGGAGGUCAUUUGUUACAUUAACUUAAUACCUUGAAUUCAUGGGUUUUUUGUAUGUGUAAUUUUGCUGGACAGCAAGUAUACAGCAGC